AUGGUGCGUCCCACGCGACGCGCCUUCUUCGACUCCUUCCGGGCCGCCCGUGGCGAGCUCGACCAUCUCUUCUCAUCAAUGAAAUCGGAGCAGCACAUGCGCAAGGCGGUGCGGCAGUACCUUAUUCCCUCCCUCUCAUGCCAGCUGCACCGCUCCCGUGGGGGGCGUCUAGGGCGCGCGCAAGAGCGGAGUUUCUUCCGUACCAACGCCUCUCUCCUCUUGCAGGAGGCGCGACGGCGUUGCAACCACCGCGUCGCAGCCGCCGCGCUGGACGUUGUUCUCGGUGAGUCACAACUUUCGAGCUUUGCGCAGGUGUUCGAGCCUACAUGGAUUAAGGACGCCGUCUCGUCGUGCCGCAGUGCAGAAGAGCUGCGCGUUAUCGAGAGCGUGCUGCGGCAGCACGAGCAGAGAGUGCUCGCCAGCGGCUCUGCCACCGCUUCAGAGGGGUUUCUGCUGGCCGCAGCCUUUGGCCGCUCGAGAGCAACGGAGAACGCACUGCGUGCUGGAGACGACGACGCCGAUGCCGACGACGGCGCGCAGAGUGACUCACUGACCUCCACGCGUACCGCUUCGUUACAAGCGACAGGCGACGCACUGGCCAGCAGUGGCGCUGGCGUCACGGUUUCUAAAGAAGCGCGCGUGUUGGCUGCUCUGGCACAACCGCCGUCGCUCACCGACCUCGCCACAACGGGCGGCACUGGAAGCGAUGCGCUCUGGUCGUCGCCGGAGGCGCGAGCGGCCGCCGGGCUGCGAGGACUCCAGCGUCAACAGCGUAAUUUGACGGCCGGUCCAAACGUGUCCUUCACCCGCUACUUCCUUCAUCAAGGCCUUGUGCGCCACGAGGGGGAGCUCAUGGCGCUGUAUCAAGCCAUGCGCACUCGCCCGCUGGACGUGAGCUUCCGUGUCGUCGGUGGUGGUGAUGCUGCCAGCGAAGCCGCACAGUCCCCUGGACUUCUCUCGCCGCACGCCAGCGCGGUGCACAUUCUGCUGCAGCGCCGCCGUGGCUUGCACCGCGUGGCGUGGCUGCCCCCAGCGAUGGGCGCCUAUACCCUCGACACCCGCGCUAGCAUCCCUGCUGACACAGUGCUGGCGAACCGGCAGCUGCUGCGGUCUCUCGCUCGCGAGCGUCUCAUAGCGUAUCAGAGCUUGCCGAGUAUGCUGCCUGUCUACUACCUUGACCCACAACCAGGGGAGUGCGUGCUGGAUAUGUGCGCGUCGCCGGGCAACAAGACAGCGCUGAUACUGGACUGCAUGCACGCUGGCGGCAACAGCCAUGCGCGCUGGCCCUCCGCUACCACAUCCGGGGCCGGCAUCGCGGCGUCUGAGGCUGGCCGCCGCGCUCCUGUCGGCGGCAGCGGCUGUGUCGUCGCCAACGAGGCACAAGCCUCUCGCAUUGCAGAUCUGCAGGAGCGUCUGCGCAACGCAUCGCCCGAGGUGGUCGUCACUCAGGGACGAGGGCAGGCGCUUGGGCUGGGAGAGUGGCGCGAAAGCCGCAGCAACGGCGGUGUGGGCGGCGGAGGCGAUGCAUCGUCACUUGCGCACGGAGCCGCUCUUGCCGAAGGUUUGUACGACCGUGUGCUGGUCGACGCGCCGUGCUCCGGCGAGGGCCGCAUGGGGCGCGACGCCCUCUCGUGGCGACUGUGGCACCCAGGACGCGGUAUCGAGUUUUUUCCGUUGCAGUGCGCGCUGCUGCAGCGUGCGGUGCGGCUAUGCAAGACGGGCGGCCGCAUCGUCUACGCCACCUGCACUCUCAAUCCACUGGAGAACGAGGCGGUUGUGGCGGCGGUGCUGCGGGCGUGCGGCGGCGCCGUGGAGCUCAUACCUCCUCCGCGACCACUGCCACGGCGGACCGAGCUGCAGACCGAGGAGGACAGCGGUGGCAGCGUGCCGCCACUGUGCCUCACUGCUGGGCUGCGGAGUUGGGACGUCCCGUCCGGCGCCGGCGGAUUCUUGCGUAGCGCCGCGGAGGCCUACGCACAAGGCGAGAGCGCCGCACGGCUGCCACCCGACAUGUUUGCACCGGGAUCAGUGGGUGCGGAGGGCGACCGCGCGGACAUCAGCGGUGCACUGCAGCGGUGCUGCCGCCGGGUCAUGCCGCACCUGAACGGCAACGCAGACGGCUUCUUUGUCGCGGUUCUCGAGAAGCGAGCGGGCGUACCACACAUGCUUGGUGCUGCGGAGAGCCGUUCUUUUGUAGCGCCGCCAUCGCGCCUCGACACUGUAUCCGCCGCUGCCGUCGGGUCGACUUCGACCGCUGCGGCGUCUCUUGCCGUGUCGCUCGCUGGCGGCAGCAACAUUUUGAAUGACCGCGGCUUUGUGCGACUGCCUCCGUCGCAUCACCUCGUGCUCAAGCACCUGGGCGGAUUCUUCACCUUGGCCCCGUCGCGCCAGGCGUCAGCACCGGCCACGGCUUCUUCCUUCACGGCUGAACAGCCGCAGCAGGGCGAGUGCGCCAGCGUUCAAGCCUUCCUGGAUAGGCAAGGCUGGACGGCCGUCUGGUGCGAAGGAGAGGGGCUGCGGCUCCUCUCUCAGUCUACCGUGCAGCUGCUGCGGCGCCAUUCCACCGUUCCGGUGACGCCGCCAAAGAGCAGGCCAAAUAGCUUCGGUCUUGGCUUCACCCGCCAUCCUGAGGAGGCAUCCAAGGCGUCCCCCGCACCGCCGUCCACCGGCACGGAGCUGCUUGACGCCGGUGUGCUCGUGGUGGGCGCGCAGGGGGAGCUGACGGAGCGCGGGGCGGCGCUGAUCCGCCCAAGCGCGAGGAGCCGCAUUGUUUCGCUACCGCUCCCUUUUGCGCUGCUGCUGCUGGCGAAUCGCACACUCGACAUUGGCGCCGCAUUGCAGCUCAUGCCGGCCUACAUGCAGGAGGCGGAACAGGCUCUGGGACCGCAGCACGGCUUCCUGGCCCCGUUUUCAGCUGCGACGCGGGGCAGAGGUGAUCCAGCAUCUAGCGAGGCACACGCCUCGACGUGGUACCGAGACGCCCUCGCGGCUCUCACCCCGGUACUCGGUGGGGGAGCAGGGGCGGCCGGUAACGCCAUCGUCGUGGUGUGUGUGUCGUCCUCCGGCCCCUCAGCCUCGCCGUCAUGGGCGGCACCGCUGGCUCAGUGGGCCUGGCCCGUGCGCGUUGAAGUGAUCCAGCCAUGGUCGUGGCACGACAUCGGCGACAUGCCACGGGGGCUGGCGCGACUUCACUUGACGCUUCCCACAGCCGCGCGUCACCGCACGCAGGCCCUCAUUGGCCGCUUGCAAGGACACGCACAUCGCCAGCGGAGCACGCAGGAGCGGCUGCAAGCCAGCUCACGGCAUGACCCAUCGCUCAUGAUGGGCCAACAAGCGUUGCACGGUUCCGCAAUGCAGGCGAGCCAGCAGCAUCGACUUCUGCUUGGCGGUGCUGCGCAGGCGUCGGCGUUGCGAACACAGCCAACAGAAGCGCCGCCUGCUCGGGAUUCAACGAUGACCACCCCUGCGACACCCUUGUCGCAGUCGUUGGACGUGUUCGAGUUGUGA